UGGCCACUCUACACCUCGCUCGCUCGCUCGCUCGCUCACUCACUCUCCUUUGCCAUAUUUGCUCUUACUGCAGUCUCUACUGUGCCCAUGCAAGUUACUAACCGGCAUCUCCAUGCUAGCCCCAAGGCCAGCUCCCUCUGAAUACGUCAAGCUCGAUCGAAUGUUUCGAAGCGGGGUCGUCUGUAUUUCGCAACCCAGUCUCAUUCUCACUUCUCGAGUCCGGCUCUCAUCUCUCCCGAGAUUAUACCAUCGUUCAUAUCCAUCGUAUCUGUCUCGUGAUAGCACAUCGCGCUCUGAAAUGGGGACUGAAGGUGGAUUCGAGCGCGGCUCUAACGAGACCGGUUGGGGUGGUCCUCACAAGCCUUCCAACAAUGCCAAUUCCAACAACCCGGCUCCCUGGACACCCUACCAUGGCCGCUGGAGCUCGAAGACUACACAUGCAGACGAAUCCGGCACGCAAACACCAGGUAACACAUCGCAAGAUCGACCACGAAGACACGGCCCACGAAGAAACAAUAGACCAGCCGAUAGACGACCAAAGCAACACCAUGGGGCGAUCGCGUCACCUCAUAGGGCUGCGCCAUUGCAGUCACUUCAGGGACAGGCUGCGACAAGCCAUGCAGGUUCCAUGGGCAAUGUCAAUACCACGAACCCGUCUUUCGUGUUUCCACCUGCACCGGGUGUGAUGAAUGCAAAUGGCAGUACAAUGCCUCCGCUGCCGUUUCUGAUGCCGAAUAUACCAAUGCCACAGGAUUUCUUCACACAGAAUAUGCCAGAACAACAGCCAUCCUUUCAACAGAACACGUCUUUUCAGCCACAGCAACAGUUUACACCCAUGUUCAAUUCUUCCUCAUACCCUUCAUUUAAGGUUCCGGCAUCGUGGAAUGAUUUCACAAACUUUACGAGCCAGCUACUACCCAUGCCACCUCCCCCCCUGAUGAACAUGGGGAUGCCAAACCCAUUGUUAGCGAUGUCAAUGCUCGACCCUCUCGCCUUUCGUACACCUUUCCAGCAGGAAGCAGCCCCUAAUCAGGAGCAGCAGCAAGAGCAGCAGCAGCAGCAAGAGCAGUCGAAUAAAGGUCAAUAUCCGUCUUGCAAGCCACUGACACCUCCAUCUCCCACGGCGGAAUAUCUUCAGCAAUCAUCUCUUCCCCCGAAGCGAAACGAGUCUUCGAAACCCCUCCUCGUCAUCCUUGACUUAAAUGGCACUCUUGUCCACCGCAAACAUCGUGGGUCUCCGCCCUCUUUCGUUGAACGCGCCGGCCUGAACCGUUUCCGCCAGGGUCUCCUGGAAAAGUACAAGGUCAUGGUCUGGUCGAGCUCGCAACCCUUCACGGUCUCAAACCUCUGCCACAGAAUCUUUCCGGGCAAGAGCCGAAAACAGCUUGUCGCCGAAUGGGGCCGCGACAAAUUCCCGCUCACGGGCUUGCAGUACAAGUCCAAAACCCAGGUUUACAAGACUUUGGAUACUGUCUGGCGCGAUCCGUCCAUCCAGGCGUCGUAUCCCAGGUUCCGCGGGAAGGAAUCCCAACCGGCGGAGAUACCGCGGUGGGAUCAGACCAACACCAUCCUCAUCGACGACAGCAAGCUCAAAGCCAUCUCGGAGCCGUACAACAUCCUGGAGAUUCCCGAAUUCACAGGCGACCGGGGUCCGGGCGACAACCAAACCCUCACCAGAGUGCUGCUGCUGCUGGAGGAAUUGUCCAGGUAUGACGAUGUCAGCCAGGCGUUGCAUCUUUGGAGCACGACGCUGGCGGAGACCGGCCAGACGUGCAUCCUCGACAUCUUGCGCACCCUCCCGCGAAGCCAACCGCAGGUACCCAAGGAACCUGGGUCGCCCCGCGACGAGGUUGCAAAAGCCCGCGCCGAGCGUCGCAGAGCCCGCAAGCAGGAGAAGAAAGCCGCCCGAGCUUCUGCGGCGGCGAGCGCGACUUUCUUCACAGCCCAAGCCCCAGCCUUAGCCCCAACAGCCCGCUCCCCGUCCCCCGCCACAUCCCUCGAUUCCGAGCACCAUUCCCUCUCCCCGGAUACAUCCGUCCGGUCCGAUACUCAAAACGAUCUUCUCGAUAAACUAGAGGCAUCGCUCAACCGUCACGAUUAAUCCCGAAAGGAGGUGGGGUGUUGGUUGUAUGGCUCAUCUGUUCAUCAAAACUAGACGGUACUGUACAUAAAGGCCGUUUCCGCUCUGUCCUGUCAUCUCUGUAUAUGUACUUGCGAAGAGAUAUAGCGCGGUGUCCUGGAGUGUGUGUUUGGAUGUCAUUCGUCUGAAAACAUUUGUGUCGCCUGUUUGAUUUUAGACUAUGCUAGAUGAUUACAUAGAGAAAGAAGUGCAUGG